UAAAAUUUAAAGGUAUGGGAUUAUGUUCUUCCAAUUAGAAUAAAAAACCAAUUUAAUAAUCUCAAUUUGUGAUUAAUUAAAAUGAGCAUAGUAAAAAUGUUUUGGAUUUAAUUAGCCAACACUAAAUAAUCAGAGACUCAACUGACAAAAUAAACUAGAACUGCUGUUCCUUCAAUAAAUUUAUUACAGAAUAAUAAUUUUGUUAAAGAUGAUAUUGAUCCUCCAACACCUCAAAGUUUCAUGCAUAAUCUGAAUAUUGUAUCAGAUAUAUAGAAGUCGCUUGAAUUUAAAACUGGUUUUUUUAAAACUUAUUCUGUAAUUACAACAAAUUGUAAAAAUUGAUCAUAAACCAUCAGAAGAUGAUAAAACUUUAUUAUGUCAACAUAACAAAACAGCUGUAUUGGUUUUAGUCUAUUGUCUUGAUCCUAAAAACAUUUAAGAUAAUUACUUUAUUAAAUCAAUAUAAUUAAAUUAAAAUGUAGUUUUUUCUAUUAUUUUAGGAUAAUGUUAAUAUAUGUUAAUUUAUUGAAAUAUUUAAUGAAAAUAAAACUAUCUACCUGAUUUAAGAGUAUUGUAAAGGAAGCAAAUUAUCGAAUUUAUAGAAAUUAGAUUAAUCUUAAAUCUUAUACAUCAUGUCAUAAUUAGUAUCAGUUUUGAAUUAAUUGAAUUCAAAUAAUUAAUAUCAUGGCAAAUUAACAAUUGAUUCUUUUUCUUUAGUCAAUAAUGAAAGUUAUAAUGUUAAGUUAACAGAUGUUAGAACAAUAUUUCAAUAAAAUAUAAAUUUGCAAUAAUAAAAGGAAGCUGAUGAGCUAGAAUUAUAUAAGAGGUACUAGCCUCCUUUUGAAAAUCCCUCAAUAAAAACUGAUAUUUUUUCAAUUGGUAUGAUAUUCUAUUAAUUAUUAACUCAUAAAUUACCAUCAAAAUUAAAAAUUAUUAAUAGUUAACAAAUUUCGAAUCCAUUACCAAAAUUGGAAAAUUAAAAUGAUCCAAAGAUUAUGAAAUUAUUAAAAUCAAUGCUAUAAUUAGAUAGUUCAAAGAGAAUUUCCAUCUAAUAACUUACUUAAAAUAAAUUAAUCAGUGUCCUUAAUAAUAAAAAACUGAUUUAUUAAAUUUUGGAUAAGAUUUAAAAUAAUCCUCAAAUCAAUUAUUUUUAAACAGCAAUUUUAAUUUACAUGAUAACAAAAUUUUAACCUUAAGAAUCAAAAAUUCACAAAAAGUUAUUUUAAAGUUUAGACUAAUAUAAUAAUAAAUAUUUGAAUAAAGAUGAAUUAAAACAAGCUUGUGAGAGAACUGAUAUAAAUAAAGUUGAAUUUAUAAUGGCUCCAUAAGAAUUUAAUGAUGAAAUUAAAAAAUGUAAUGGGGGAUAGAUAUCUUAAAAUGAAUUUUUAAUUGCUCUAUGCAAUAGAGAAAAUUUAUUAACAGAAGAUUAUUUAGAAAAUAGCUUUAAUUUUUUAAAAAAUUAAAAUGGUUUAUUAAGUGGGAAGUCAAUAAGUCGCAAAUUCUUUGUGGAUUAAAAUGAAUUACACAAGGAUUUAGAGAAAGUAUCAUUUAAUGGAUAGGUAAUAUAAUAUAUUUAAAUUAGAUAACACUUAAUGAAUUCAAAGAAUAGAUGUUACUUUUGAAAUGA